CGUAUAAACGCAAUGCAACAGCGCACCGUGCCGUCAAUCGCUGUGUGCAUCACGACCGACCACCACGCCCUGAACAGCACGCAACGCUAUGGCCGAGCUGACGAGGACCGUCCUCCUCGUGCUUAUACUGUCUGUCGCUGUGCUCGGCAAGCACAAAAAAGUGAAGCCGAAAAAGUUGGUGUCGGCGACGACCAAGGGCAUCCAGUGCUACAACUGUCUGUCGUUCGACCACCCGGGCUGCUGGGACCCCGACCACCCGUACUACGCCAACAUCACGGUUCCCAACAUCGACUGUUACAUCCCCGGCAUGGCGUUCUUGUGUAUCGUCAUCACCUCCGAGUCGGCCAAACUAGUGCAUGGUGUGCACAGUGGACAGCGGCCAGGAGAUCGGUCCAGUACGCGCGCGCACCUGCGUGCCCGCCAAGGACUUCUCCAAGAAGACGGUGUCGUACUCCAUGUGCAGCAAGCUGAGCAACGAGCUGUCCGCCUCCGAGAUCUUCUCGCGCAUCCACGUCAGCCGGCCGCAAUGCACGCUCUGCAAGAAGCACCUGUGCACCGACGCGGCCCGCUGCUAGUCCGCCGCCCCUCUCCAACUCCUCAACUGUUAACACCCGGACUUAUAUCGACAGUCAGCGCCUGACUUUAAUCUUUGUCGCCAAGUUCGGCCCCUCAUAUCUCGCCCGACGUGUAAAUACGCAAUUAAAAUUGUUGUCGUUCGGCUGCCGCAGUUGUAAUGUAGUGAGAGCUGUUAUCGCUUUGUUUGGGAGUCGCGGCGGUUUACGCAACCCGCCGAGUUCGGUACACAAUGCUGUAAAACGCAGCUGCACCUAGCAGACGCUGUACCUACGCGGCUGCAGGCCACCGCCGCCGCCGCGGCUCCUUGUUACUAUUUGUUUUUAUAAUUAAUUAUUAUACAUAAUACAUAUUUAUAAUGUUAUUAUUUACGUAAAAGUACGAUCCAUGUUAAAUUUAUUUUCAUCUUAUUAAAUUAAUAUUAAACGCUCAA